AUGGGUGUCCUUGCAUCACGCAGACCAUGGACUCAAUUUGUUGCUACUGACAACUUUAAAGCUCCACCAUCUUUGCCUCGACUGUCCCGAAGAUUUUAUCGAAAUGUGGAAUAUUUUCAAGCCAAUUACCUGAUGGUGUUUCUGGGACUAUUUGCUUAUUGCCUAAUAACCACUCCACUUCUGCUGAUUGCUAUGGUAGCCAGUUUCUUUGGGUAUAGAAAGCUAACAUCAGGGCCCAAUACUUGGAAGCCAAAAAUUGGUGGCUGGGAGUUGACUAAGCCACAGCAGUAUGCAGUAGGGGCAGCAGGUUCCAUGGCUUUAUGCUGGCUUGCUGGGGCUGGAGCUGUGCUAUUUUGGGUGUUAGGCGCCACUGUUACGGUAGUGGCUUUGCAUGCUAGCUUCUUCGAUGCGGAGGCUUUGCCGGCUUCCGACGACCCGGAGCAGUUCCCCAUGAUAGAGCAGGUGUGACACGGCCACCUGCCGCUGUUCUUACCACCGCCCGGCCGCAUCACCCACCGUAUUAACGAACCAAACUGACACGCUUCGAAUAUGACAAAUAGUUUGCAAUACACAUAAUGCUUUUGGCGAGUCAUUUUGACAUUUCAUACUAAAUAUUUUUGGUUAAAAGAAGUCUUCGUUAUUAGCAUACAUAUUUAUCCAUAGCAAAAGUUAACCAAAGACCGAAUUGUCUUACCCUUCAAACUCUCAUGCACUUUUUAGCUUAAUACUUGGCGGGCCGGGUGACGCAGUCAGUGCAAAAACUAAAAGAGGAUUAGUAAAAUCAGUUUUCAUUCUCUCCUAAAGUGUAUAAGUAUGUACUUAAAUAAUACUUAUCGUUUAUUUUUGUAAUGUAGUCAAAGCAAUUGAUAUGGUGUAAUAAAAAUAAUUACCUAUAUUGCUCUAAUGCAAGUUACAAUUAAGCCAAGAUUUUCAAUGUAUUUGUUAUAAUGUA